AUGUCUGAAACACCUAGAGUGGAAUGGAGCAGCAGGAUGAUUGGAAUAAAAUCUCAUCGGUGUAAAGUUUAUAGGAAAGAUGCUAUACCCGAAAAACAAAACGAUAAAUGUGGCUGUCAGCGAUUGAUACGUUCACAUAGUUAUGAAGGUAUACCACCUGGAACAAAACCAACAAAAGAAGAAUGGAAUGUCAAUGAUCAUACUGAACAAAUUCCACCAAUUUAUGGAGAAUUGGCAAGCAAUAAAGGAAAGUUUGUUCAUUGUGAAUGUGAAAAUUCUGACAAUAUCAAAAUACUAUACGACUUAAUUCGUCAAGAUGUUACGGAUAUUGAUAAUCCUAAAUCCGGUCCAGAUUUAAUUAUAAGUGUGUUUGGAGGAGCAAAAUAUUUUACAAUGAACGAUGAUUUGGAAAAAGAAUUUAUGACAAGCUUAGCUGAAGCUGCAAAAACAAAAGCACCACAGCAAGCAUUAACUGGUGACACAGAACCGAUGGAUACUGUCUUAAUUGGAAUGGCUUGGUGGGGUGCAUCAUCAGAAAAAACCCGAGCAACACUAAUUGAAACCGCGAAUCGUUGUAAUGCGAACAAGUUUCAUCGACCUAGUUUACCAUCUGAUGUAUCGUAUGAUGAUGAUCUUGACGCAUUAGAACCAAAUCAUCCCAAGCAAAUAUCACCUAUGGGAAAAAUCUAG